AUGUACUUGCAAGCCACCAGUUUUGGCUGGCUUGCGAUUCGCAACUUCACCUACUGUCUUUCCUCGCAACCCGAUCCUCCCAACAAGCCGCGUGGAGUCCAGCCUAAGAAAGAGGCGUACACAUCGCUCAAUGCAGCAGCAGCAGCAGCCAAAGUGCGAACGGGAACGGGAGACAGUGUCGUGGUGCUCUACCAUCCGGAGAACACAAACAAGGCGAUUGCAUGGUGCAACACGCUGGUGGCAUUUGAGAGUACGAAGCAUAUCAACUGUCACGUUGCGUUGCCCACAUGUCAGAGGUGCGAUGCCGUAAGGUCGAAGAAAGGCGUCGAGAAUCAGCAGGCUGGAGCUGAUCACGGCCAAUCAAGCAAGGACACCAAGGAUAAGAGCCUGGACAAGGCGCCGAGCGCCAAACUUGGCCAGCCCAAGGAAGCGAAUGCUGACGCGAAAGCGCCUGCUGCACCGAGCACUGACAAAGGCGGAUUGGUAAGGAGAGGCGGCGUGAUCGAUCCGGACGAUCCCUUGGUUGCACUUCCCGACGACACACAGUCGGAAGGUCCACCAGCGUCGUCAGGUCGGCUUGACACUGGACCGCAACGUUUGUCAGCACGACCGUUUGGAUCCUCGACCAUCGUUGAAGCGGACGCGUCGAUCGAUCCAGAGCUCGAAGCUGCUAUUGCAGAAUUCCAGGAUUACUGCGAAAACAAGUUGACACUGGCAGUCCGAGCUGAUUGUCCUCUUCACAUUGUCAAGGGAUGGGCAGACGAGCCGCCGUUCGAUUUGCAGCAUUACUGUAUGUCUAUGCGAGGCUCGGAUGGGUCUACACUUCACACCACGCGAGAUGCUACUUUAGACUCGAAUGGCGCCAAUGCACGAGGAAUUCCGAAUGCUGGUGCAAAGCAAGGUACCGAUGAAGUUGCAGGUUCAGGAAGUGCAGGAAGAGCAACAAAAAGACAAGACGGUUCAAAGAAACGAAAGGUGGGGGCAAGCUCCAUUGGUACCCUGGGUAACCUGGACCCGAGUGACCCUGUGGUUCCAUCAUUUUAUGACCAUGAUAGAGCACCGGACUCGCCUCCAUCGUUGCAGUCACAUACAAAGCCGCAACAGCAACCACCUCAAGCCCUGCCGCAGGCUAUUCAGCCUCGACAGCCUCCACAGCCUCCACAGCCUCAGCCACCGCAGCAGCAGUCUCAACCUUCUUAA